CAUGGAUCAAAAGCUCUUAGGGAAGAGAGAGAGAGAGAGAGAGAGAGAUGAGGGGAUCACUUAUUUUGCUGCUGCUGAUCUCGAUGGUGAUGGCGGGAGCUGCAUCGGCAUCCACCGAACACGAUACCACCAUUCCCCUCUUCGCCGAUUGCACAGAAAGCUGCGGGGCCAUGGUCAUCCCCUACCCUUUUGGCAUAGCGGGAAAGUACAGCUGCUCCAGGCCAGGCUUCAGCUUCGUCUGCAACUACAGCUCCGAUCCCCCCACGCUCCUCUUGGCCGACGGCGUAACCCAGGUGAUCGGCGUGUCACUGGACAACCACACCAUCAGCGUGAGAUUCAGCAUCGCCGCCAUGAGCGCCAACGAGGACUCCCUCUUCACCUCGUGGACAUCCCCUCCAGGGGCACCGUACGCCAUGUCACCGACCUCCGUCACGAUGACGGUCGUCGGCUGUAGCGCCACGGCCUACCUGCUGGACCUCGGCACCAACAAGAUCAUCGGCAGCUGCAUCACCGACUGCUCCGACAGGGAAAUGGAGGCCAUGGAGGGGGCGGCUUGCAGCGGCAUCGGCUGUUGCCAGGCCACCUUCCUUUCGCCGGUGAGGUCGUUCGCGAUCAAUCUCACCCGCCAUGACCGGCAGUCCGGUGUAGCCUCCAGCGUCAAGGCCUUCGUGUCCAGCGCCCAAGCUGUAUACAGGUUCAGGAAGGAGGACCUUUUCACGAAAGACACCGUCACAGGUUACACGAUGGCAGUCGCCGUCCUGGAGUGGGCGUUCAUCGAGCAAUCUUCCUGCGAGGAUGCCGCCAAGAACACCACGACUUACGCGUGCCUCAGCACCAACAGUGUUUGCUCCAACACCAAAACGAAGGGUCUUGGAUACUACUGUGAGUGCUCCUCCGGUUUCGAGGGCAAUCCUUACAUCUCUGGCGGCUGCCUAGAUAUUGAUGAGUGCGCAUACCCAGAGAAGUACUCCUGCACUGGGAUUUGCGUCAACUACGUUGGUGGCUACACUUGCUGUCCACCAGGAUCACAUGUCGAUUCCAGACUCAGCUGCGUUCCCCCAAAAAGCCAAACGAUUAUAAUGGGUGUCGUCAUUGGCGUUAGCAUUGGCUUCGGCCUCCUGCUGAUGCUCCUAUGUGCAGUCAUCCUCAACCGGAGGCUGAAGGAAAUGAAACUGAAGAAGUUGAAGGAGCGAUACUUCCAUCAAAACCAUGGCUUGCUAUUGCGGAGACUGAUCGCGACCGACGAUGUUAAUGCCGAGAGGACCAAGAUUUUUCCCCUGGAAGAACUAGAGAAAGCCACCAACAGCUUCGACCCCGCACGAAUCCUGGGGCAUGGAGGCCACGGCACGGUUUACAAAGGAAUUCUGUCGGAUCAGCGCGUGGUUGCCAUUAAGAAGUCCAAGAUCGUGAUUCAGAGAGAGAUCGACCAGUUCAUAAAUGAGGUCGCGAUUCUUUCUCAGAUCAACCACAGGAACAUCGUAAAGCUCUACGGAUGCUGUUUAGAGACGGAAGUGCCGCUAUUGGUGUACGAGUUCAUCACGAAUGGAACUCUCGCUGAUCAUCUCCACGUCGAAGAUCGUUCCUCCUCUCUGUCAUGGAAAGACCGCCUAAGGAUCGCCGUGGAGACCGUAGGAGCGCUUGCUUAUUUGCACUCUGCUGCUUCCAUUUCCGUAUUCCAUAGAGAUGUUAAGUCAUCCAAUGUGCUCUUGGAUGACACUUAUACCGCAAAGGUAUCGGACUUUGGAGCUUCAAGGACUGUUCCAGUGGAUCAAACGCACGUCGUCACAGGGAUACAGGGCACCCAUGGCUACUUGGACCCCGAGUACUACCACACAGGCCAGCUAACAGAGAAGAGUGAUGUGUACAGUCUCGGAGUCAUUCUUGUGGAGCUCUUAACAGGUUUCAUGCCGGUCUCCCUCACUAGAUUCGGGGACAGGAAUUUGGCCAUGUACUUCAUCUGGGCACUGAAAUCAAAUCGUGUGUCGGAUGUAUUGGAGGCUCGGAUCAAGGAGGAGGCGAUGGAGGAAGAGCUCGAGGAAAUGGUGGGGCUUGCAGAGGAGUGCCUAAGGUUGAAAGGAGCAGAGAGGCCUACCAUGAAAGAAGUAGAGAUCAGGCUGCAAGGCUUGAGAAGGCGCAAGAAGAAGGAACAAGUACAGUUGACUCAUCAUCAGAGUGAAGAAGCUGAGCCUCAACUCUGCGAUCCGUAUGGUGCUUGUCGUCACCAACGAUCUCUUGAUGGCAAUUUAGCUGACACAGCAAUCCAGGAUACAUCUAGGCGACACAGUUUGGAGGAGGAAUUCAUGUUGUCACUGAACUAUCCGCGUUAGAAUUCUCUACCUGAAUCCAUGCUAUUCUCCAGGAAUUACAUCACGGUAAGGUAGAACAGAGAUAGAUUCGCACAAUACCUUAAUCCAUGCUAUUCUAUCACUUCUUUAGCCUAAAGAAAUCUGUACGUAUUUCGAAAAAAUUUUCGCA